UGUUAGGCCUGUGGUUGCCAUAGCGACGGGGAAAGUUGGGCAAGGCGAGACUCAUCCCAGGGGGACCUGAUGAGGUGCCGGGAGGAACAUGUCGUAGUGGGGUUUUUCAUCAAAUGAAACACGACACAGAACUUUGCUAAUAAGAUGGACAUCUCCACACAGAAAGACAGACAGCCUGGCCCAAAAUAUUCCAGAAUGGUCAGCAAAAUACAGAAAGGUUUUACUGCUGCAUAUCCAACACAGUCCUCCAUUCCUGUUAAAUAUAAGUCUCCAGUAAUUCCAGAAUCAGAAAAGAAAGGAUUCAAUAGUCAAACCAAGAGAUUUUAUCAUAAGACGGAUGACAUCCCGGGUCCUGGGUUCUACAACGUCACUCACCAGUCUCCAGUGUCCAACAGCGUCUCGCUGUCCAAGAGAGGGACGUGCGCUUUUCCCUCCAUGUGCGCCCGACUGGACACUGUCGUUUCCAAGUAUCCAGCAGCUAAUGCAUACACUCUCCCGUCAUGUCUGGUCUCAAAGAAAGACUUCAGCAAUUGCUAUUCCAGAAUGUUCCAGUUGCCAAGCUUUGGGAAAGUUCUCAGAACUGAAACUCCUGCACCAAACCAUUACAAUGCCUCCGUCUGGUGCUGCAAGCAGAGGAACAACGUCAGCGCCCGGGCCGGCUUUGUGUCCAAAACCCAGAGAGGAUUCUGCACUGCUGCUGAAAGAGCACCUGCCCCAGGUUAUUAUAAUAUCAACGAAUCCCUUGUGAAACCAUCGCCAAAGGUGUUAAUGUCCUGUUUCAAAUCAAAAACUGGCCGUGGGUUGAAAGUGAUGUCAACAGGCCCAGGACCUGCUUACUACAACCCCAAUGAGCACAUCAAAAUUCCGACAAAGACUGUCAUCCCGAGAAACUCCAGCCUGAAGCUCUCCGCCCCGCCUCUGCCCCUGCCCCCGAGGCCGCCUCUCCCAGGCCCUGGUCAGUACGAGAUCGUGGACUACAACGGCCCCCCCAAGCUGUUCGUCUCCAGCGCCUCGUUCGUGUCCAACACCAGCCGGUGGACGGCGGCGCCGACCCAGCCCAGCCUGCCCGGCCCAGCCACGUACCAGCCGGAGUUCCCUGGCAAGCAGUCCUUUCUCUACAAUGAGGACAACAAGUGGAUCCCGGUGCUGUAGAGGCCUCGGAGGGCCUUGGGGAGAGCCCCGGCCACCAGCCACCCCGCCCAGGUUCCCUGGACAUUCAUUCAGAGAAUGUGCCUUUUACCUGCGACAGCUGAUGAGCUCCGCCACCCCCGUCUGGUGUUGCAGCUGCGCUGCUGCAUUUGUCCUGGCCCCCAGCUGCCUCCUGGAGACUGGGCCCCCGCCCUCGCCGACCCCUCGGCCUCCUGAACAGAAAUGAGGAGUGGACAGAGCCACUGGUCCAGCAAACUGUUGCCAGAUGUGCAGGUUUUCAACAGCAUCUGGGAAGCUUUUAAGAUGUGCAGCCUCUUCAUUUGAGAUGUUCACAACCACAUUCCAAUUUAAAUUUUUUUUGUUCAGGCCAAAGGAAACGCCUCUGCAAGCCAUCAGUUGUCUCCUUGGGUGCUAGACAGUCUGGAAGGCCCUUUCAAAGCUGACACUUAGAGCUGUGCCUCUCCUUGCUCCCAGACUCUUAACAGUGGGGCCAGACCCCAGGGUCUCGGCGUGUAGGUCCCUCUGCCCCUGGGGGGCCUUAGCAGGCCGUGGGGCUGGAAGCAGCCUGCCCCAUGGUCACUGCGGGCAGAGGCUGGGGACGACGCACCAGAAGACACGACAGGCUCUCCUCCUCCCCUUGAGCAGUGGGGCUGAGCCCUGGCAGGUGAGGGCCGUCCCCCCAGAAGGAGCGCCCUCCAAGUGGGGUCAGGGAAGAAGGGAGCCUGGGAGGAGAGCAGCAGGGCUGUUCUCGGUCUGUGUUCUGGAGAAGACGUGGCUGGAGCUGAGGCCACAAGCUCCGAGGGACUGGGUCGCCUCCGUCCCUUCUUA